AUGCUCUUCCUACUCUUCAUCAUUGGUAUGCAGCUAAGCGCAUUCCAACUAUGCGAGAGUUCAUCAGUCUAUCAAGAAGAAUAUCGAGACAGCAGCUACGUACCAGAUGUUAUCGAAACAGCGUAUGGCUUCCAGAUUGUUGCACCAGAUACACCAUAUGUGGCAGCCGCUGGUAAAGAUCAACUAUACUUCAUCGACACGUGUUUCAAUCCUGAUACUGCUCAGCGUAUCAAAAAUCAAAUUGAGAGAGCAACUAUCCCAGCCCCAGAUGAAUAUUUUGCCAUAGACGAGAUUUCGGCAACAGCAGAAGUCAGAAAUCGCAAAACCGGCGAAACGACAUUUGUGUUCGACCCUCCCUACGCAAGGGUGUUUUUCGCGGAGGGGAUCAAUAAGCGCAACCCAGAACUCAAACUACCUGAGCGUGAGCCUGCUGGUGAUGGACUGGUGGCAUAUGAUCUGAAAGACCUAGCAGGCAAGAUACUUGAACAAAGAUGA